AUGGCAUCAGAAAUACUGAAACUUACUGCUGAAGUCAAAGCACUUAAGCUGCGAGUGUUUUCCGUUGAAAACCUUAAUGGCAAGAUGCUGCAGGUGUACACGGGCAUACCGCAGUCGAGUUUUACUGCACUCCUAAACCUAAUAGAUCGCUUUGAUUUAUCUUAUUACAGCGGCACUAACGUUUUCAGGCUGUCACAAGCCGACCAGCUUUUGCUUUGCCUGACAAGGUUGAAGCUCGCUGUCCUCGAUGAUGACCUAGCUGUCCGCUUCGGAGUCAGCCACACGACAGUGCAAAACGUCUUCAUGACGUUUCUGCACGUCCUUUACGAGAUCUUAUACGAGGGCAUAAUGGUGCCUAAAUUUCCUACGACACGUUACUUGGGAACAGAUAUGCCAGCUUCAUUCAAGGAUUUCCCGAACUGCCGAGCCAGCAUAGACUGCUCAGAGCUAGAAAUAGAGGUGCCAAGAGGGAGCAUAGUCACCCAAAGUGUAACAUUCUCAAAUUACAAAUCUAGAAACACUGUAAAGUCUCUAGUUGCAGUCGCCCUCAACGGAGCCAUAAUUUUCACGAGCGAAUGUUACCUCGGCUCUACCAGUGACAGGGAGGUGGUGAAGGACAGCGCCAUACUUGCCCAAUGCACACCAGAAGAUUUGAUCUUGGCGGACAAAGGGUUCGCGAUAUUUGACCUGAUGCCAGGGAGGGUAUCGCUUAACAUUCCUCCAUUCUUGCGUGGCCGUCGCCAGUUCAUUAAUGACGAGGUGUCUUAUUGCAAAAAGAUUGCUGGAUGCAGAGUCCAUGUGGAGUGUGCGAUCCAACGCAUAAAGAUCUACCGUGUGCUGCGUAAGCUACCUGUACACAAGAGGCCCCUAGCGACCAAGCUGGUACGAGUGUGCAGCUUCCACGAGGAAAUUCGUGAGCACCAUCUGGAUGUCGUCUCUUCACUUCUUUGGCAGUGUCCUUAG